AGUGAUUCCACACCUGUGUCAAUAUCAAACAGCGAAAUGGAAGACUUACGAGGACCGUUGGCCAUUGUAGCACCAAUGAGCGAAGAAAAUCGACGCAGAAGAAAUCGUAUACAAUCCAUGCGAGAGACUGCAAGGGCAAACAGGGUACAUGGUUUAAUAAAUUUAAUAAUGUCAGUAUCAAACAGAGAAAUGGAAGACUUACCAGGACCGUUGGCCAUUGUAGCACCAAUGAGCGAAGAAAAUCGACGCCGAAGAAAUCGUAUACAAUCAAUGCGAGAGGCUGCAAGAGCAAACAGGGUACAUGGUUUAAUAAAUUUAAUAAUGUCAGUAUCAAACAGAGAAGUGGAAGACUUACCAGGACCGUUGGCCAUUGUAGCACCGAUGAGCGAAGAAGAAAUGAUGCAUAGGCGUGAUUUGGCUAGAGAAAACAGAUUGGCUCAAUUCAAGAUGAGAUUCAGAGCAUUAAAUUAUAAUGAAAGCAUUGCCAGGUAAUCUGACGACCACUCCGGCUUACGUCACUUAAAGUGUAGACCGCCGAACACACUUCAAAUAAAAGUAUUAUUGGUAAA